AUGCACCCAACAGAGCACACUCAUCCUAUAUUUCUAUCCAACACCGCAGAUUCAGACUCUGGCAUAUCUAUUCCACUGGGAAUAUUCAUCGGGCUUCUAGCUUCCUUUGUGCAAAGUGCUGGUCUGGCCAUACAGCGCCGCAGUCAUGUUCUUGAUGCUCAACUACCGGAGAGCAACCGAAGGGUGGAGCACAAACGCCCGUUAUGGCUACUAGGCUUUGCCAUAUUUCUCACAUCGAAUGUCUUCGGAUCUGUCAUCCAAAUCGCCUCCCUCCCGGUUGUCAUUCUUGCUCCUCUAGGGGCCGUCUCCCUUCUAUGGAAUGCACUCUUUUCGCGUAUUCUCUUUCGCCUCCCUCUCCUCUUGGGUACUGCACUUAUCGCAGGUGGUGCAGCACUCAUCGCCGUGUACGGCAUCGUCCCAGAAACGACCCGCAGUCUUGAAGAACUUAUGGCGCUCUUUGCUCGUCAUGCAUUCAUAGCUUGGUUCUGCAUAGAAGGGUUUGUUCUGGCCGUGUGUCUCGUGGUGACCCAUAUAGUGGAGUUUUCAUUCACUCGUUCCUAUAAAGCUAUGUGCUUGUCCUCGCCGUCAGGCUCAGGACCUUCUUCACUCUCAGCUUCACCGUCAAGUACACCUCCCCUAUCACCCACUCCUUUACCAUCAUCGAUACAUCAACAUCCGUCUGUACUGACCACUGGCCUUACAGAAGAACUCACAACCACAGGAUUGACCGAGCGUACACCAUUAAUAGAUCCCAAGCUGAGAUCGACGGAAUCCAGCCUCAGCGGGUCCGCACCCUCAUCUUUAAGCCUCGACCACCACAAGUCCCACACUACUCCUCGUGGUUUCUCUCCACGCACGCCUUUCUUCCUUGCACUCGCAUAUGCCGCUGCUUCAGGCACACUUUCUGGUCUUUGUCUCAUUUUUGCGAAAUCUGGUGUGGAACUCCUCAUUCUAACGCUCCGUGGUGCCAACCAAUUCCACCACUGGGAAGCAUGGGUGCUCGUUGGUGGUCUUGUGGCUUUUGCGCUUGGCCAGUUAUGGUAUCUCAACCGAGGACUGAGGUUCGCAGACCCAGCCGUUGUCUGCCCAUCGGCUUUCUGCUUCUACAACUUCUCUUCCAUCAUCAAUGGGGUGAUCUAUUACGAUCAACUGGUUCUUCUCUCCGCGGGGAACAUCGCCCUCGUUGUUCUUGGCAUGUUCCUAUUACUCGCCGGCGUCUGGGCCGUAAGUGUUCAAGCAGGAGCAGAUGUCCGUUCUUGGGAGGAAGGUGACGACAAGGCCGAAGGGUCUGUCGAAGGACAGGAAGGACUAUUAGAUGCAGAAUCAACAGAUAGGGGAUUGGAAGAUAGCGCAAGAGUGGAGGAAGGGCUUCUAAUGGCGCCUUCGUAUACCGCAGAUCAGAAAUCUAGGUCUAGAUCUAAAUCAAGAAUACAGGUUAUUGCACCUCCCAUCGAUCGUCAGUCUCAUUCCGAGGGUGCACAGCGUUCCAAUUCCGGAUCUGUCUCGAUGCACACACUUUAUCCUCUACCUGGAGACUCUCCACCCCACUUACAACCUUCCACCCGCUCGCAUUCACACGCGCAUUCGCAGACUCUUUCCCUCUCCCAACCGCACUCUGGUCUUUCCACCCACCUGUCGUCUCCUCCCUCGCAAGGCGGCUCCUUCCUCCUCUCACCGACUAUAUCGACAUCUCGCUCAUCGCGUCGUCGGUCCACGUAUGGUGACCCAUCGAUGAGCCGUGCCAACAGGGCGUCGUUAUCACUUCCCCAUCCCUCGCUUUCUCCACCCCUUCGAGGCGGUCUGUCGAUCGGGCUAUCGCCCGCAAGUCCUGGCUUUUCGCUCGUGCCCAGGUCGAGGGUCAGUGGGUCAGACUCGGGCCCUGGGUUUGGAGAUGUCGUGGAUGCUGCUGUGACUGCGAGGAAGGGGAGGGUGGUGAGCGAGAAUGGUUUGAGGAGGUGGUGGGAGGCGAGGAGGGACGAUGCGGACGAGAAUGGCAGAGGUGAGGAAUGUGAACGCGAUGAAAGCGGGGCUGGAAGGGACGGAAAGGCGAAAAUGCGGUGGGGAUGGCUGAGGCAUGUUUUCGCUGGCCGACAAAACUCGCGUGAAGUCCAGGAGAGGCCGUGA